CGCAGCGAGAAGCACGAAGAAGAAUGAGGUGAACACGGAAGUCAACAUCACGGAGAAAGACUGUAAUCUGUCUUUUGUUUUGUUUUACUCUUAAUUUUGUUUCUUGUCGACAGACAUUUCUCGACUUUGUCGCAGGGCCUGCUUUUUAUUAGUUUAUAGUCCGGUCUCUGUGUUUCCGCCGUUUAUUAAAGGAUAGACGUCGAUUUUUGGCGUCAUAGGAUCGAGGUAACGGGCUAACAACUAAGCUAACAGGCCUGAAGGCCAUCUGUUCAUUGUCUACCGUUUCCUUGUUGUGUAUGUUUUUGUAAUUCCACAUUUAGGACUCUGUGAUUGUUAGUCUUUAAAGUGGCAAACCGCAUAACAUACAUGUUGACAUUACUUUAAGCUACAAGUGUACUGGCUACUUGCUCAUUUAUUAUUGUACCCAGUCCACGGAUUGACCUUACCAUCGGAACGUCAAGUUUAUACUACUAUACACAUCGUAUAAUUUAUAAGGGAGGUAAAGAGCCAAGAGUGGAUUACUAAAUUUAUCUAGUUGGUGAGCAUGUACGCCCCUCCGGGAUCUACUGUGACUGGAGUUCGGAGGAGGAGAGGUGGCUCCUCUCUGCCCAAACAGCCGGAGCGGAGCUUGGUGUCUGCUCUGCCCGGAGCUCUGUCCAUUACAGCGCUGUGCACGGCCCUGGCUGAGCCCGCAUGGCUCCGGAUUCAUGGAGGAACUUGUCCAAGGCAGGAGCUUGGGGUUGCAGACGUUCUGGGUUACAUUGACCCCAAGCUUUUGGAUGAUUACUGUGUGAACCCUCAGACCAUAUUACUGCUGAGAGUCAUUGCUGCCUUUUGUUUUCUUGGCAUCCUCUGCAGUCUGACGGCCUUUCUCCUGGAUGUGUUUGGACCAAAACACCCAGCUCUCAAAAUUACACGCAGAUAUGCAUUUGCGCAUAUUCUCACUGUUCUACAAUGUGCCACUGUCAUUGGCUUCUGCUACUGGGCUUCAGAGCUCAUCCUGUCUCUACAGCAGCAACAUAAAAAGUACCAUGGUUCCCUCAUAUACGUCACAUUUGCGAUUAGCUUUUAUCUGGUGGCCGGGGCCGGAGGGGCGUCAAUCCUAGCAACAGCUGCAAAUCUCCUGCGCCACUACCCGACUGAAGAGGAGGAGCAGGCCCUGGAGCUGCUCUCAGAGAUGGAGGACAGCAGUGAAACUUUUCCUGCUGAUUAUGACAUCGCCAAUCAGUUUCAGCCACCACCUGCCUACACGCCUUAACGUUGCCAAAUUGACUUUUUGAAACAUGCUCGUAUAUAAGCACGGCUAUUGGCUUGAUGAGCAAAUCCACUCAAUAUUGCAAUAUUUUUGCAGUACUAUUUACAAUGAACUUUGUGAUCAGUAGAGGCAUAAACUUCUUAACUGAUGCUUGGAUGCAUGAAAGCUGUCCCUGAUGGUGGAUGACCAAGGAGAGAAAUUUUCCACCAAACCAAUGUCAUUUGCAUGUAAAUGGCUUUUAGAAUGGGGUCUUUACAUGUAAAAAAAAGCAAAAGGAGUAUGACAUGGCUUAGGAGGUUUACAGUAUGAUGUUUAAGGAGAGACAUUUUGAAUAGCUUAACUGUUCUCUUUUGGACUUUAAUUUUUGAGCACCAUGAUUUUUUAUGCUUGCAAUAUGUAUAGUUUUAUGUAGUGAUCAAAAUUUCAAAAUUACUUUUAAGUUUCAGGCAUUUUUUCAGGCAUCUGUGUAUGGUUAAAAUAACCAUUAUUUAUUUAUGAACAUUUCUACGUUUCCCUUCUCAUUUUCUGACUUGUGAGCAUUUAGCACUGUUUAGUCUUAUUCAUUCACACGUGAAACUUGCUAAAGAUGAGAAAUCAGUCCAAUAUUAUUGGAUUUGUUGUGUAUGUAUAUAACCAUGAACAAAUAGGGAAACAUCUUUGUUUUUCAAAGAAAACAUUUGGUGAAUAUUCUUAAAUUGAAAGUCCAGUUAUUGUAAUCUGUGGUUCCCAUGUGUGUCAAUUUAAGUAUGUUUUUGUUUUGUUUUUUUUGCAUGAUUUUGUGUACUGAUUUUAAGCCUGCUGGGCAUCUAUAGCAAAAGCUCUUUGGGUUCCAUGGCCUAAAAUAGUGGUUGAUGGUGCAAAUGCACUAGACUGUGUUUUUGCUUUACUGAUUCCAUCAUCAUUUUGGUCUUUAAACUGUUGCAAUACUUUCAUCAGAAGUAUGUAAAUAUUGAUUGUUUAUACAUAAAAAUGAUCAUAAUAAAAAUUUAAAAA